AUGCACUCUCACAAGAAAAAAAAAAAACCUCUCUUGCAGUACACACACGAAAUGAGAAUGUGCAUAGUGUCUCCACACAACAUGUCUUAUCAGGAGAUAAGAGGGGGAUGCUGGAAGAAGGGGAGGAUCAGAGAAGACAGGAUCAAACAGCGUUUUUACACAGUGCAGAGGAUUAACCCCUUAGGUUCCACAGUGAGUAUAACAAGCAUGCUUUACUGCCAGGGGCGGACUGACAACUCAUGGGGCCCCUGGGCAAUAGGGGAUCAUGGGGCCCCUGUGUCCUUGCCCACACUCAAAAAAGCCUAU